AGCCAUGAGCAACAAAGGGGUUAAUCGGGUAGAGCAAAGGCUCCCUGAUCCCUUUGAACCAUGGCCACCUGGCUGCCCCCAUACAAGAACAUGUGGUACUGGCUAGCCCGAGUUGUAUUUAGGCUUAGAAACCACAGUGUUAUUGAUAAGCCCUGAAAAAUAGCGCACCAGGCCCUUUGAAGGCAUGGGAAGAAACUAUGUCCUUGAGGAACCUGGCCUUGGACCAAAAACUUGGGACGGAGCCAGGAGAGGGCAGGGAGAAAACUGUGGAACUUGUUUAUGUCCUACUGUUAUGUAACCUGAACCUAUAUAAAGUGUGUAAGUAAGAAUAAAGUUGUUGCUCGCGGCAUCCCCGUGGGCAACCCUCCUGUUCCCAUACUUUUAUGUUUCAUUCUCUUACCCUCACCCCUGUUUGACCUUGCACGCGGGCCGUGGCAAGUGGCGCCCGAACAGGGACCUGAGCACAUGAAAGAGGAUCCUGGACACUGACGUCGCAAGCAUUCAGGAUGAGGAGACGCCACGCUGGCUCCCGCUUCGAUGCGUCCGCAUUGUCCGUGAUGGUUUGCAGAAUGAGGUGGCUCCAGAUCCGCUCCGGGAGGACGAGGAGACGCCCCGCCUCGGAUCAGAGGAAAAUAACAUGCGGAGACAUCAAAGCCCUGACCGCUCGAGCUGAGGCCACCGUGCGUGAGUCGGGCCAGCCAGUCACGGCUGUUGCCCUUUUCCUUGCCAUGCUAUCACUUUUAACCCUUGACUCUGCCCAGGCCUCUCCUUACUGGGCUUUUGUCCCGGACCCUCCUACCGCGAGGGCAGUCACCUGGAAGGAUCCCUCACCCAAGGUGUUUACUAACUUCACAGACAUUUUUGAUGGGCCUGAGAUUUCCGGCCUCACUCAUGCUGUGGCGCCUUUUAACUGGACCAGCCUGGCUUCUGCCCCCCCCAUUUGUUUCCAGGCCAUCGAUGGCCCUGAGGCGCCCCAUUAUGGAUGCGUGGUCACUUCAUCAGUCUCCCGAAGAAUCCGCUCUUGGUAUAGAACUGAGCCACCUAGAAGAGACACUUUGACACCUCAUGUAAUGGUGGAGAAUUGGGACAUCAACGAGGUUGUCCUUCAACAUCGGAGGCCCCUGCCUGUUGGCCGUUUCGGACCCGCUUCCAGAUCCCUUGAGACCCCAUACCUUGACUAUCCCCUCUGUAAAUCUGACCUAACGUGGAAAACCUACGGACCCUCUUGGAAAACCUGCGUUCAUCACAACCCAGAGAUUGUGACUCCCCAUGGCAUACCUGACACUUAUAUAAUUGACUGGUCAAAAGAUGGGGAUCUCCCUUUGCGCCGCUCCCCCCCGCCUUCAGGAUAUGGGCCAUACGACCACAAUAAUUCUGCUCCCGGGGGACUGCUAUCACUGGGGAGGAUGAGCCACCCGGACUUAUGGAAAAUUGUUGCGGCCAUGAGAGAUGUUAAAACUAAUUCACCCCUUUUCCCUGGCUUCCCCACGGGCCCAUUGACAUUUCAAAUUCAGGCAUGUCUUUCCCUACCGUUCCUGUUUGUAGUGGGGGACGGAUCUGUAGUACCCGAGGCUAAGGCCAAUAGAACCCUUUACAAAAUAACUUGUGAGGAGUGUUAUCUCACCAACUGUUUGCCUUUACCCAGCGCCCCAAAUCCAACAAAGAAGGUUUUCCUAGCCAUGCAGCCCCCUUAUCUAAUGAUGCCUGUAGAGGUGGGGGGGCCCUGGUAUAGAGAUUAUGGCUACCAAUUUGCACAAGAAUUGGAGGGCCUACUUAGCCGGGGGCGACGUUUCCUAGGCCUCCUAAUAGCUGGCAUCACUGCCUUGGUGUCUUUGAUAGCAUCAGCUACUGUCUCCACGGUGGCACUGUCCCAGGGCAUACAUACUGCCGCUCAUGUAAAUAGCUUGGCUCAUAAUGUCUCCCAGACCCUCACUACACAAGAAAGUAUAGAUAGAAAAAUUUUGGCUCGCCUAGAUAGUCUAAAACAGGCCGUCGAGUACCUGGGCACCCAAUAUUCAUUGUUACAUACUCGUUUGUCCUUUGUGUGCCACGGAGGGUAUGGUUCCAUUUGUGUGACCCCCCUGAAAGCUGACAACGUCUCCUGGGAAACGGUGCAGAGGCACUUGCAAGGUAUCUGACAUGAGACAAAUGUAAGCCUAGAUCUGUUUCAAUUGCAAAAACAAAUAAACAAUAUAGCCUCCUCCCAUCUGCAUGUAGUCACCCCCAGAGACAUGGCACAAUCCUUUCUACAAAAGCUACAGGGGUUUAACCCCUUUAAUAUCCUCCAACAUUCCUUCUGGAUUAUGUGUGCUCUGGUUGUAGGGGUAACCUUAUUACUCUGCUUAUGGUGUGCUUGGAGUCGCUGUCUGUUUGCUUUCAUGGCCAGUACCCAAGCAAAUGUACACAUGUUGCGUUUAAAGAUAAAAGGGGGAAAUGUCGGGAGCCAUGAGCAACAAAGGGGUUAAUCGGGUAGAGCAAAGGCUCCCUGAUCCCUUUGAACCAUGGCCACCUGGCUGCCCCCAUACAAGAACAUGUGGUACUGGCUAGCCCGAGUUGUAUUUAGGCUUAGAAACCACAGUGUUAUUGAUAAGCCCUGAAAAAUAGCGCACCAGGCCCUUUGAAGGCAUGGGAAGAAACUAUGUCCUUGAGGAACCUGGCCUUGGACCAAAAACUUGGGACGGAGCCAGGAGAGGGCAGGGAGAAAACUGUGGAACUUGUUUAUGUCCUACUGUUAUGUAACCUGAACCUAUAUAAAGUGUGUAAGUAAGAAUAAAGUUGUUGCUCGCGGCAUCCCCGUGGGCAACCCUCCUGUUCCCAUACUUUUAUGUUUCAUUCUCUUACCC